AUGGCCAUGCAGAACAGCAUCCUCGCGGUGCCCUUCCGCAAGGGGACACAGCUGUCGCUAUCCUCAGCCGUGCGACAGUACAUCUCGACCAAGUAUGACCAGCAUCCCGACAUGUUCCGCCAGGACCUGGACGUCAUCGAGGCCCUGCGACGCGACGCCGUCAACGUGCGCGAGCCCCAUCCCAGCGGUGUGCGCAUGCUGCAGGCCUAUGCCGGCCAGCUCGUGUGGAUCAGUGCCAAGUUUCCCAUAGAUAUCGGCGCCGACUUCACCUGGUACCCUGCGCUUGGCUACAACAUCGAACGGCCCAUCGUCCACAACAACCUCCAGUUCGAACUUGCCAAUAUUCUCUACAACCUGGCGGCGUUGUACUCACACCUCGCCAUCGGCAGCAACCGCGCCGACACCGUUGGACUCAAGACGGCCGCGAGCUACUUCAGCCAUUCCGCGGGCGUCCUCACCCACCUGAAGAACGAAAUCAUACCCGAGAUGCGGACCACUCCCCCCGAUGACAUGGACGAGCACACCCUCGACUCUCUGAUACAGCUACAGCUGGCGCAGGGCCAGGAAUGCUUCUGGCAAAAAGCCGCUAUGGACGGCUACAAAGACGCAUCCAUCGCCAAGUUGGCCGCCAGGGUGUCAGACCUGUACAACCUGGCCGGUGAGGCUGCCAUGCGGUCCGAGGCUAUUAGCAGUAGCUGGAUCCACCACAUGAGUGCCAAGCAUCACCACUUUGCCGCCGCCGCCCAGUAUCGCGCAGCUUGCGACUGCUUGGAAAAACGGAAAUACGGCGAAGAGGUUGCGAGGCUGAAAGAUGCCGUUGCUUGUGUUGGCGAAGGCCUUAGAGAGAGUAAGGGUGGCUACCUGCACAAGACCGUGGUUGAGGCUCUGAACGUUUUAAAGAGAAGAGUCGAAGAGGACUUGAAGCGAGCAGAAAGGGACAAUGACGUGAUAUACCUGAACCCAGUCCCGCCCAAGUCCGAGCUUAAAAUCCUCGAGCGUGCUAACAUGGCAAUCGCUCGAGUACCGCGUCAGGUUUCGGCGCCCUUGGACUUCGUGGGCGACGAUGGCGAGUUCGGACCUGCACAGUUUACCAAGCUGGUUCCUUAUUCAGUACACAUUGCCGUCUCUAUAUACGAGGAGCGCAGAGACCGAUUGGUGAAUCAGACUAUCAUCGCCGAGCUCGAGACGUUGAACGAGAGGAUACACGAAAUCCUCUCGUCACUCAACCUUCCCAGCUCGAUACAGGCCUUUGAGAAACCACUGGGUCUGCCUGGUACUCUCGUGCAACACGCCGAGGAGAUCCGCCAGGCGGAUGCCAUACAUCGUCUGCAAAGAAGCUUCGCCGAUAUCGACAAGUUGCGCGCUGCCGAUAUCGCCCUGUUUGAAGAAGGCAAGGAGUUGCUGCAGGCUGAGGAAGAGGAGGAUGUACGUUUUCGCCGAAGAUUCGGGACGGAUCGAUGGUCCCGCCCGGAGAGUCGGAACGAGCCAAACCAAGGCGUGAAGCUCUGGAAUCAAGUUGCUGAGGCUGAAGGCUGGUUUGGGAACAGUGCCAGCAGCGAUGGUGUUGUGCGUGAAAAGUAUUACAGCAUCGAGCCUACCCUGGCAAUCCUUGCCGGGUCAGAUCGUGGUAUGAUGGACUUCGUGCCUUCAUCGCGCCGCACUGAGAUUCCAGAGUCGCUCAAACCCGCUAUCGGCCGCUUACGCAGUGCUUACAAUGACGUGACACGUCUCGAGAGCCGCCGCCGCAGGAAAGCCGAGGCCUUGCGCGAAAAGGCGAAGGGUGACGACAUCAAAUCGGACAUCCUAGCCGAGGCAGCGCGACUUGAGCGUAGUCAUGCUGUAGCCACCGCCAUCGUUCCCGCACAUUUCGAAGACUUCUUCGAGAAACGCCUGGAUUCGCUGUAUGAACCGGACCUUGAACUAGUGCAGAAGGAGGGUGCGGACCAGGAGAAGCUCAUCUCGGAUUUGAUACGGGUGAAUCGCGAAUUCGAGAGCCAAAAGAAGAUGAUGGGCGACAAGGGUAAUCGGGAAAGAGAGCAGGCUCUACAGAAGCUCGAGAAUGCGUACUAUAAGUACAAGGAGCUCAUCAGCAACGUGGAGGUCGGCCGGAAAUUCUAUAACGACUUGAGCCGCAUCGUUGGUGGUUUCCGGGACGGCGCAAGGACGUUCGUGACGGAGAGGAGGCGUGAGGCACGUAUGCUUGAGGACGAGCUGAGCAUGCCGCCUUUAAACAACCUCAGUCUGGGGCAGCAGGGCCAAGCGCAGCCGUUGCCGGCAUCGGCUGGGGGUUGGAACGGCGCGUCCAGCUAUCAGUCACCUCCCCAGCAUCAACAUCAGCACCAGCCUCCACCACCCCAGCCGCAGGCAUCUAACUCGUACUUCGGUAACCAGCCAGCGGCGGCGCCACCAUCACGCAAGCAGGUCCACAGUCCGGCCGAGGCACAGAUCCAGUCCUGGGCGCCCGCCGGCGAGACCGUGGCCCCUCAGCCGCAACAGCCACGCGCGAACCCCAUGCAAGCUAUUUGGAAUCAGGAUAUGCCAAUCAAGUUUGCCGGCACGCCGCCUGCUGCCGGGCCUAGUGCAGGUGUGGGUGCUCCGCAGGGCGGUAAGAAACCCAGUGGGACCUGGGAUCCGAACAGCGGGAUACGGUUCGGUUAG